CGAGGUAAGACUGGGUCCGGGCAAAGGCUCGGUGGUCUCCGCCAGCCUGGGCCUCGGGCUGCACCCGCGACGCGGCGGAGCCAGGUCGGGGCGGGUGCUGCUAGAGAGUCCUGCCGCGCCAGCGCCGAGACGGUAGCCCAGGCUCCCAUCUGUGGCGGAGGCUGCGGCCUGCGGUGCGAGGCCUGGGACCUGGCUCCGAGCUUGACGUCUCAGCCUAAGUCCCUUUUCCUUCACCCCGCUUCCAAGAACUGCAGCCCGGGACCAGGAGCGGAUUAGCCGGUAAAGAAUGGCAUUGAAACAGAUUUCCAGCAACAAAUGCUUUGGGGGCUUGCAGAAAGUGUUUGAACAUGACAGUGUUGAACUAAAGUGCAAAAUGAAAUUUGCUAUCUAUUUACCCCCAAAGGCAGAAACUGCAAAAUGCCCCGCACUCUAUUGGCUGUCUGGCUUAACUUGCACAGAACAAAAUUUUAUAUCAAAAUCUGGUUAUCAUCAAGCAGCCUCAGAACAUGGCCUUGUCGUCGUUGCUCCUGAUACCAGCCCUCGUGGCUGCAACAUUAAAGGAGAAGAUGAGAGCUGGGACUUUGGCACUGGUGCUGGGUUUUAUGUGGAUGCCACUGAAGAGCCUUGGAAAACCAACUACAGAAUGUACUCUUAUGUAACACAAGAGCUUCCUCAACUCAUAAAUGCCAGUUUUCCAGUGGACCCCCAAAGAAUGUCUGUUUUCGGCCAUUCCAUGGGAGGUCAUGGAGCGCUGAUUUGUGCUUUGAAGAAUCCUGGAAAAUACAAAUCAGUUUCAGCAUUUGCUCCAGUUUGCAACCCAGUGCUCUGUAACUGGGGCAAAAAAGCCUUUAGUGGAUAUCUCGGAUCGGAUCAAAGUAAAUGGAAGGCUUAUGAUGCUACCCAUCUUGUGAAGUCCUAUCCAGGUUCUCAGCUGGACAUACUGAUUGAUCAAGGAAAAGAUGACGAAUUCCUUUCAGAUGGACAGUUACUUCCUGAUAACCUCAUAGCUGCCUGUACAGAAAAGAAAAUCCCUGUUGUUUUUAGAUUGCAGGAGGGUUAUGAUCAUAGCUACUACUUCAUUGCAACCUUUAUUGCUGAUCACAUCAGACAUCAUGCAAAAUACCUGAAUGCGUGAAAAACUUCAGCUACUACAGUCUCUUCAGAAUUAUAGAAGUUUUAAUAAACUGACUUGCAGAAAAAAAGAUCUCAAAAUACUGGACUUCAUAAUGCUGAGAGGGCUUUAUGCUGUAACUGAAUCACCAGAAUAAAUACAGGCAGUCCUCGGGUUACCAGGUUAGAACGUCUGACUUACAGACAACUCAUACAACCAUAAAGCCUAUUAAAAUUUGAGUUUAACGCAAUGGUUUGUAAUAAUAAAUGCACACAUUACUUUGUGAUGCUGGUGAAAACGUUGCUCAGCUUAGAAGUAGUUAAGUGUUUUAUAUGUAUAGAAAGGUAAAAUAUAUACGGUCUACUAAGACAAACAUUUGACUAACUGAUGCUAAAUAAGAAUCGUAUGUACCUGUUCAGACUUACCUACAAAUUUGACUUAAAGACAAGCUUAGAUCUCAUUCGUAACCCGGAGACUGCCUUACAUAAAAUCUUCUGAUUUAAAAUAUUAUUUUAUCAGGGUUCACGUGGGAAAUCUUUAAUACUUUACAGCUUUUUUUAGGACAUUUGGAAAUCCUUGUUACAUUGACCUCAGGUCAUAGAAAAUGAGUGUAGUCCCAUAGUAACGCUGGACCAGAGGACUUAACAGUAGUUUAGCCCAAGCCCCUCACCUGUCUAGACAUUAAGCUUCUGAGGGCAGGGACUGUCUUGGCCUUGUUCAUUGUUAGAGCUCUGGUGUCUAGCAAAGUGUAUGGCCUCUAACAGGGAUUUAGUAACUGUUUGUUAGCUAUUGAAUAAAGAAUUGGGCUCAGAAAAGUUAAGAGAGUUCUCCAUUAUCACACAUCUAAUUUGUGGAACAGCUAAGAUUAGAAGCCAUAUUUCUUCAGCCCAGGCUGUUGAUCUUUCUUAUCCAUUGAGCCAAGCAGAUCUGUAAACCUUAGUUUUGGGUGUGUUAAGCCUCUGAAAAGGAGCCCAGGUGGCACAGACAGUUAAGGGCUUGGCUGCUAACCGAAAGGGUGGCAGUUAGAACUGCUUUUGUAAAGAUUAGACUCACUGCUGUCAAGUCAGUUCCGACGCCUAAUGACCCCA